CAGCCUGCGCGACGCCUUGCCCCUCAUCUUCGAUCACUCGUGCGAUAAGAGAAAUCCGGCUUGUUCCUUGCGUUCUCAAAUGCAACUACCGGUCUCUCGCCAUGAGUCGCUUCUUUCCCCAAGGAAGGGAGACGGCUCGGCGAAAUGCAACCCACAGAAGGCCGCCCACCUCUCCUGACCCCGGUGCGGAACGCAGCGAACAAACAUCUUCUGAUUCUCGUACGGAGGUUCAGACUCGGGUAUCGACUCCUACUAUGACGGCUUCGCUUCGAUCGCCGGGCAGCAUCAACUUGUCUGCCGAUGCCCUUGGCAGUUCGGAUGCGUGGACAUCGUGCUAUUUGGGGGAACACUACGAGCCCAAAAGCCUUGCUGAUAUUAUCGAUGAGGUUUCCGUGAUUUUCAAUAGAAUUGUGGACGCGAAAAGCUAUCUCGACUCGGCAGAAAGCACUUGGGACGAACUUUGCAUCGCAAGUGGGCAACUCCAGAUAUCAAUCGACUACGCUACGUAUAUGUCACCGGAUGAACAGUUACAUUUUAAGGCAGUCAGUACACUCGGUCAUGUUUACAAACAUCUUGGGGACAACGAUAAGGCGCAAACCACGUUCCUAUCGGUCUGCCCUCCCCUCCCCUUGACUCGGGCAGCUUUCAGGGGACUGCACACAUGGCAUAAGAUCGACGCUCUGCUGGACUACAUACGGUUCUUAGUAACAUCUACACGUGAUCUUGACCAGGUUGAGCGCGUUGCGAAAGCCCUUCCGUGGGCGUCUCCAGAGAUUCUUCGUUCAGGGGAUCGCAAGUCCUAUGCGUUGUUGACUUUGAUCGAAGCACUCAACGAUCAAGGUCGCCACGAAGAAGCUUCCGAGACUCUGGUAACUUUUGAUCUGGUUUCUGCGACAAAAUCCAUGGUGGACCCGAGUUACAAUCUCCAGAGAGCGGUAGCUGCCGCCGGUCAAGGCUUACGAAAGGAAGCAGAACAUCUCUUCGUCAACUCCUUUGUCCUGACCUCACUAAUAGUCGGAGCAUGGCAUACCCAAACACUGUACUCGCUAUUCCAAUUCGGAAGAGCGUUGAAAGCCUGGUGUGAACACGGAUCAGCUGUCAAGAUUCUUUUGAUGUGCUGCGAAGGGUACUACUAUACGCUAGGUCCUUCUCACCCCUAUUCAAUACGAGCCCAUAAAGAACUGAAGGCUUGCAAGAGUGCUGGCGCUGCGAUACUAAAGUUGCGCCAGUUGGGUCAUACUCAUUGCAGCCGUAAGAGGAAAUGGUCGUUAGCAUACGAGCGCAGCCACCUUACCACACCGAUGGAGUUAUUGAAACCAGAGAUUCCUAUCGACUAUGCCCGGCUAGCAGAUACAUUAGACAAGCUCUUGUCGCUGAACUCGCAGAAUCUGUCAGGUUGUGUCGCCUUCAAUGUCAAGCGAAGUCUCGCGUGGUGUAACCUUGAACAAAAUGAGCUCAACGUAGCUUCCACUUCACUUUACGCCCUGCACCGCUCGAUAACCAAUAUCAAGAGCAACGUAGUUAGUGCUCAGGCGUAUCGUGCAACGUUGGCAUCAGAUGAGGCGAUUUGUUCUGCCAAAAGCGCUGAGUUAGGGACAGAGUUUAUGCAUCAACGAAGCAAGAUGGUAUAUCUCGGGUUCAAAGACUUUCCCAAGGACCGAAGUCAUCAAGUCAAGGCAAUUGUUCGACGCUUGACGACAUACAAGCUCACGCACUUUACGCGAGACAUGAUCUUUAGCGAUCCACCCUUAAUCGUUGAGACAGACCGCGAGAACCUCGGGAGUGGAUCAUCUGCAGUCGUCGACACCAUUCAAAUGGGUCGAGACUUUUAUGCUCGUAAAACAGUCGAUCUACCGCGCCAGACUCAGCGUCAGCUCCGUCUACGAGAAGGCCUUCGAAAUGAGAUCGCGAUCAUACAUGCUUUAGAUCAUCCUCACAUCAUCCGAGUGCUGCUUACUUACGAGGGGGUGAAGCAUUUCAGCAUUAUCAUGCAUCCUCUUGCCGAUUGUGAUCUAGAGACAUACCUUCUCAACCGAACAUGCGAUAGCACUCGAGAGCGAGAUCUGAUCCAAAAAUGGAUGAUAUGCCUUGCCAAUACACUAGCCUUCAUCCACUCGAAAGAUGUACGCCACAAAGAUAUCAAGCCGCGAAACCUGCUCGUCAAGGGAGAAAAGAUAUUUUUCACGGACUUCGGGUCGGGUCAUAUAUUCGAUGACAGCGGUAAUAGUACCACAGAUGGUCCAUCUUUCGGGCACACAAAAGCAUACUGCGCCCCAGAAGUUAUCAAGAAUGCAAACCGGAACCGAUCUUCGGAUGUCUUCUCACUUGGCUGUGUAAUGAUUGAGAUGGUAGCCUGGAGUAGUGGAAUACCCAUCGCUGAUUAUCUCAUCGGCGUCAGAGCUGUCGGCAGCCGUACAGACGUUAUUCUGUACCACGAAUCGAUAGCCCGUAUAAAAACAUGGUUUCAAAACGAGCAGCGACUGACACAACAAUCAAAAGAGAUAUUCUCUGAAGUCUUGGAACGCAUGAUCUGUAAAAACCCUCAGCAACGAUGGAAGGCUGCAAAGGUUAGCCAAGUCAUUGAAAAGGUUCUCAAGCAUGUGGGAUGUAUUAAGUGUGGCAUUGAUCUCUGGGUCUCAGAUAGUACAGCCGAAUAGGAAUGCCAAGAUCCUUCCUUGUGAGCCUGUCCAAGUGUGCAGCUAACCGUGCUAGUCUCUCCUCAAUAACGUUGGAGAGUUAGCGCAAGGCUUGUCGCAAUGACACAACG